CGCGCAUGAACGGAAGCCGAUAAGAAAAGGCACGAAAACAUUUGCUUCGUUAAAUCGGCAGCAGAGACAAAGUCAACGUUGAGUGACAGGUUCUCAAUCACCCAGGUGAAGAUAAGAAUCUUCCGGAAGUUUAGUCAAGACAGCUGGACGUCUUGUUUAGAAGUGAAAAGUGAGUUGUUGGUGUGAACACCUAACCCAAGCCAUGGGAAAAAGGUACUACUGUGAUUACUGCGACCGCUCCUUCCAGGACAACAUGCAUAACAGAAAGAAACAUCUGAACGGAGUUCAACAUCAAAGGGCUAAAAAGGCCUGGUUUGACAAAUUCAGAGAUUCUGCUGCCAUUCUCUCGGAUGAGCAAGCAAAGAAGCCCUGCUUGAAAUUUCUCAACAGAGGAAUUUGUGAUUUUGGCCCAAACUGCAGGUUUUCUCAUAUGUCUGAAAAGGACCUGGCAGUCCUAAAAAGGAAGUUGGAAGAUGAACAGCGGCGGAGAGAGGAUCUGGAUGAUGGAACUUUCCCAGAGCGAAACAUAGAGGAGUGGCUUUCUAGAAGGGAGAAAGCUCAAACUGCCCUCAUUAGCAAAGGAGAUCUGAAAAUGACAGAAGACAGUGAAGAAGACCAGGCAGAAUGCGACAUACCGGAACAUCUCCUCUCCAUUCCUGACCUUCCACCUUCACUUCUACCACCUCCUCCCGGUGGGUGGAAAGUCGGCACCACCACAGAAUGGGGUUGAAAGAUGAUCUCUCUUUUUUGUUUGUCAUGGUUAUGUGGAAUACUUCUGCUUAUUUAACUUAGACAACCAAAUUUGCAGUAUAUAUGUAUAGUCAUGAAAAACUUAGGGCACUCUUGUGCUUUUACACAUCUGACUAGUUUUUAAGAUAUAUUUUUAAAAAAUCCCAAACAACAAAUUCAUGCUACUUUAUGUUGAAUUUAUAUACUGUAAGUUCACAAUAAAACUUAAUAGUGUAAAAGCUCAGGUGCCCAAACUGUUUCACGACUGUCGCUGACUGAAAAUGAGUAAAAGUUUCAAUAUUUCUUAUAAAAGGUGUUUUGCGUAUGAGCCUUGCUAUCCAAUCCUGAGGUCUGCACAGAAACUACUCUACAUUUGAAGCUUCUGGAUUUUGAAUACACUAGCACUAUAAUUUGAAAUUUCUUAGGAAUAUUUCAACACUUUCAAAAAUCACCGUAUUUAUGGCCAUAGCCUUUACUCCAGCUUGUAUCAGAGUUUAAACAAGUGCUAGAAAUGUAACUGACUUCAUGAAGCGUGGUUGUGAACCCUUUCAAUACCCUAGAGAGUUCAAAUGUUUUGGGAAUGGUUUGAUUUGGACUGUUGAAAUUGCCAUCUCUGCUUCAGUUGCAGUGGCCACUCUGAGGACUUUCAACUGGGUCCUCAGACUCUCGAAAGAAAUAGGAGAUUGCUGAGCAGAUGGAAAGAAUUUUUUUUUUCUUUUUCUUAAUUCUGUGCUGAUUCAGCAGGGGAAUUACUGAGUUCAUGACUUUAUUUAUAGUAAAGCUAGUAGGGAAACUCCAUGUAGCAUCCUCAUCACUCAAGAUGGAACAGUCAUUUCACCAUAGAAAUUUUGACUUUCAUGCAGAUACUUCUGACUUAUAAAGUUACAUUAACCCCUCAUAGUUCAGUGUUGGGUCUUGUCAACAGAGAUCACACUGAGCGUGAUAUAUCCACAAAGUAUUUAUAGUGCAUCCAGAAAGCAUUCACAGCACUUCACUUUUUCCACAUUGUGUUACGUUACAGCCUUAUUCUGAAAUGCAAUUUGAAAUUUAUUUUUUACUCAUAAUUCUACACAUAAUACCCCAU